AUUGCCCAUGUAUUUGAUAAAAGACGGAGCAAAACAGAAUGGAGUGAGCUGAAGAUUUGGAAUUUGGAGUAGAAAAUCAUGCCGAUUCAUUCAGCUUAGGUGACGAAUGACAAAUUUUAUGCUGAAGUCACCUUAAUUGAAAACAACUACCUUUGGCACUGCUAAUCUAAUCUGUUUGUCCACUUGAUGCGUAAGGUGUCGUCGCCAGUGUUACUUCAAGUCUCGUGCAGUGCAGUCGCACCAAGAUGUUUACGGCACUAUUACUGGCGUUACUCCUGCUGGUGGUAACCUGGUUAGUAACGACCUUAGUCCGCAAUUACGCAACGACACGCAACCUAAGGCGUAACCUACCCAGCUUCAACGUGCUUCCGAGCGUCCCACUGCUGGGCAGCUCCCACCUGUUCAAGGACGGCACCGAACCUCCGGAGAUUUUCGCGACUUCGUCCGGCUUUCACCGGCGCUUCGGCAAUGACCUAAUCGCGCAAAGCUUCCUAAAUCAACCCUCGCUGCAGGUGACCAGUCCCGAAGUGGUCGAGCAGAUCAUCAACACUCGGACCAUCAACAAGUCACAGAUCUACGACUUUAUGAAGCCAUGGAUCAACGAGGGACUGCUGACCGCCGUCGGGAAGAAGUGGACCCAGCGGAGAAAGAUCAUUACGCCGGCGUUCCAUUUCAAAAUAUUGGAGGAAUUUCUGGGUACAUUCAACCAGCAAGCUGAAGUGCUUGUUGAUAAGCUUCGCGAGCAGGUCGGACAGGGCGACUUUAACAUUUAUAAAUACAUUACGCUGUGCACGUUGGACGUAAUCUCGGAGACCGCCAUGGGAGUGAAGAUAAACGCGCAGGACAAUCCGGAUUCGUCGUACGUAAAAGCCGUGAAGGAAAUGGCUGAUCUGAUCCUGCGCCGUUUGUUCAGCGCUCUGCGCGAAUUCAGAUGGCUGUUCCCCUUUUUGAAAAUGGCCAAACAGCAAAAAAGGCUGUUGAACGUGCUGCACAGUUUCACCGAUUCGGUGAUUGUCACCAGGAAGAAUCAACUGGAAAACGAAUCCGCCCAGCUAAUAACCCAGAAGAAACUCGAAGAGUCCGACAUCUAUGGCAAGCGUAAGUUGACUCUCCUGGAUCUGCUGCUUAACGUGUCUAUCGACGGUCACCCGUUGAGCAAUCCCGACAUCCGCGAAGAGGUUGACACUUUCAUGGCCGCCGGCCACGACACGACCACGUCCGCGUUGAGUUUCGGUGCGUACCACAUCGCGCGCAACCCCGCCGUCCAGCAGAAGCUGUACGACGAAAUGGUGCAGGUGCUUGGACCGGACUUCAAAAACACAAUCCUGACGAACAGCAUGCUGCAGGACCUCAAAUACCUGGACAUGACCAUCAAGGAGAUCCUCCGCAUUCACCCCUCAGUCCCCAUCAUCGGCCGCAUGUCCACCAGCGACAUGACCAUCAACGGAACCAAGCUCCCCACCGGCAUCGAAGUCAUCAUCUUCAUCUACGCGAUGCACAACAAUCCGGAAGUGUUCCCCGAGCCGGACCGUUUCGACCCCGACCGAUUCAACGAGGAAAACAGCGCCAAGCGGCACCCGUACGCGUACAUCCCAUUUAGUGCCGGAGCGCGAAACUGUAUCGGCCAGAAGUACGCCCUGCUGGAGGCGAAGACGAUUCUGGUGAAACUGCUCGGCAGCUAUCGACUGUUGCCGUGUGACCCGGGCAAUACGGUGCGCAUCAAGUCGGACAUUACGCUGCGGCCGGUUAACGGCGCAUUCGUGAAGAUUGUUGAGCGUUGACUUAACAGCGCAGAACUUUGGGGGUUUUCUACUAUUAUUCGUAUACGGAUUUUCGGGAUUUAAGAUAUUUUUUUUAGAUUCCAAGUGAUAUGGCUAAAUGCUCUUCAUCUUUCUUGUA